AUUGUUUCUGUAUUAUAUUCCGUAUAGGCCUCAGCAGGCCUUUGAGUUUCCAAAAGGCUGUCGAAGGAAUACCAAGACGCCCUUUCGGGGCAUUCCCCGACAUGGCAGUCGCCACGUAGACACACUAGCUGCCGUCAUGGCACAGGCAAGCAGCAGAAGCAGCAGCCAGCAGUGGCAGCAGCAACAGCGGCAGAUGAGCAGCCCUCCCUAGGGAAAAAUAUUGAUACUUGAAGACCCACAAUGCCCCUCCAACUUUUCCAGACACGAGCAUUUCGUAGCUGCUCUUCUUCUUCUCCUUCUUCUUCUUCUUCCCUUUCCGCGCUGCUGCUGCGACAAACGUUGCCUGUUGGUGUUGGUGUUCUUCUUCUUCACUUGAGGCCCUUGAAUAACACAAGGCUUAUCUCUUCCUUAGGCCUGUUCUCAUUAGCCCCUUUUAAUUCGGCAGAAGGCUCCAGUCUAUCUAUCUAUCUUAACCCUUUCCCCCAAAAAAAGCCUCCCUGUCUCCCCCGGCCACUAACCAUCCCCACCCCCCCGACCCCCUCCCUCCUUUAUCAGAUGUUCGUUCCCUCCCGCACCACACGGCACAGGCUCCUCCCUCGCCAUCCCUUUCUCCUGAUCCACUGACCCCCCCACCUUCUCCCCCGCACCGUCCCUGGCCCUCGGAGCCCCGCCUCGACGUUGGCACUCCUUGAGGUCGGAUGCGUCUCUUGACAGCGACUUCACCGCCCGCCCUAACACCCGGAACACGGUGGAAUCGGCCACGUGAACUCUCGGGAUUUUUUGGGAGCUUCUGGAGAUUUUGGAAGUAAGGUCGGACCAGUUCCAUCAAAAUGAGGGCAGUGUGAGAAGGUCAGGUGCUUUGGAAGUUAGGACUUCUGGAAACCACAGGUGUCGCUUAGCUAGACGUAUUCCAUGACGAGUUUCCAGACGAGUGUUUGACCAAUUGUGCGACUGACCUCUGUGACCUUUCAGUGCUCUGAAAGUUAGAACUUCUAGAAAAGGAAAUGCCAUCAGUGAUUCAGCGAGGUCCCCUUUUUGGAUAAAGUCAGCCUCCUCAUAUGUAAAAUUUGGCAGAACGUUGAAAAGAGCAUUCUGUGAAAGUUACACUUUUUUUUUUUUUUUUUUUUUUUUAUCUCUGACAGAUUCUUAACUGAGUGCACAGUGACGGUAUUGUGUAUAAAUGACAGACUUUCUCGUUACUUCCAAAAGCACCAAAUUUGAGAGUUUCCAGUUAUUUCUAAAAAUUACGGUUUUUAUCCGCUAUAUCGAUGACGCGAAAGACCUUUGAAAUCGCGACCGCAGCUCUAGUGAAAAUGGACACGGCGAUGUGAGCAAAGUUGUGACGAAGUGACCUUUUUUCGCUCCCGGCGUCAGAAAUAAAUAAAAAAAUAGGAAGCUGUUCAUUCGCGAUUUUGCAAAGAAUAAUUCAAAAAUGGACGAGAAACUCCUGGACGCCUCCGGCGGUUUCUCCGACGCCCACUUCCGCGGACUUAGAGCCGGGAUGGGUAGCGUCGGCGGGUAUUCCAUCAACGGGCUCCUGACAGCGCCCGCCGUUCAGAGCGAGGGGCAGAGCGCCCCCGGCCUGUUGCACAAUCUGGCGCCGAUAAAAUACGAAUACCCCAACUGCGGCGGCAUGACCGGAAGCACGAUGACCACGCCCUCGGGCAUCUCCAUAACCCUCGGGGCGCCCAUUCCCGCCCAUCCCCACCCGAAUUUCAACCCUCACCACCAACUGCACCCCGUCCCCGGGCCGUCCUCUGUAACCAUGGCACCCACAACUACUUCAUCGGGGUCGCCCACGGCCUCUGCGCCGCCCAUCACCUUCACGACCUUGACGUCGGGCGCCCUCAAGAGGAAGCAGAGGCGAUACAGGACGACCUUCACCAACUUCCAGCUGGAGGAGUUGGAGAGAGCAUUCCACCGGACUCACUACCCAGACGUCUUCUUCAGGGAGGAACUGGCUCUCAGGAUAGACCUCACUGAAGCUCGCGUUCAGGUGUGGUUCCAAAACAGGCGGGCCAAAUGGAGGAAGCAGGAGAAACUAGCAGCAAAGCACCAGCAGGCGGUGGUCGCUACACAGGCUGCUGCUGUGGCACAGCAGGCGACGGCUGUCCAGCAGAGUAUCAACGUCACCCUUCAGACGCAACAGCACGAGCACCUGGCCUCUGCUUUACCUGUGGCCACAGGAAUGAGUACGCCCCCGGAAGUGACGCCACAGUCAUUAGCCCCGCCCAGCAGCCCCCCACCGAUUAUCAGCCAAAGUAAUUCCUCCACACAACCAUCUUCAUUUGGAUCUGGAUCUCCUCCAGGAGUGUCGAUCCCUUGCCUGGGAAUGGAAUGGACUUCCCCCUUCGCCUCGACGCUCUCGACUCCUCCCCCGCCCUCCAGUCCCACUUCCCCAACGUCAGUCCCGUCGGCGCCCUCGCCCGUCCUCUCCAACCCUUAUUACUUGGGUGUCCGACCACCCGACCUCGGGGGCGCCGAGCAGGAGGAUGAGAAGCCACCCGUCCACCAUCAGUCGUUCGUGCCCGCUGGCCUCUCUUUCCCCGGCAACAGCCUGAGUCUCACUCCGAGUCUGUCCUUCACGCCCUCGACUCUGCCCAUCACGCCCACGUCACUCUCCCUGCCGCCCACGAGCCUCAGCCUAUCACCUACAAGCCUGAACCUGACGCCCACGAGUUUGGCUCAGCUCAGGAUGCGGGCGAGAGAGCAUACGUCCUCUUUCAUCAACAUGAGCAGCGAUUAAGGUUCUUCCAGAUUCUUCUUCUUCUUCUUCUCAUCUCAGAUUGAGGUCGGGAGUUUGCUGAAGCUGAGAGCAGCAGUUUGCUGGAACAUUCAUUAUUUCAUGGAUAUGAGAUGCCGUACUACCGCUCUUCAGUCUGUUGGAAGCGUAUAUCUAUACCAUCACGUUUAUGCGACACUGUUGGUGAUAAAAGAUGCAUGGGGGUUCUAAGAACAUCCACAUAUGCAUACAAUAAAUAUAUAAUUGCCUGAAGUCCCCUCACUCACCCCCCCUCCCUCCCGGCCUCCACUUCUCUUAGUAUUCUGUAGCUCUGUUACAUUAACCGGGACAUAAGUGAAACAAUGUUUCUGUUGAGCUGUGCUGUCUCUAGUUUCAUCGGUUUGACAGUAACUUUAUCAAACUACUCUGUAACUAUUCCAUGCGCUGAUGGGUUCCGGCGCUUGGUCUUCAAGACCUCAAUUUCAUAAUAAAUCAAUCAGUUCUAUUCCAUAACUGUAACUCCAUUUAGAUAGCACCAAACAACGUCGGUCUAUUGCAAGAAUCAGUAGCUCCGUUCUCAAGCCUCCACUUUUUAUCCUGGCUAAGACCACCUGCCAUUUCUUCGCGAAAACGUCGUUUCAACAUCUACUGCAUUUGUGUCCAUCGCCGCCAGGCUACUGACAGACGCGAUGGAUAUGACUGUUUGAUGAUUUUACUAUUCUUUUGUUGCCCGUCGGAAGGGGUAAAGCAGGUUGUAGUGCAAUAAAUGCCCCUCAAAUGGCACACGGUAGGCGUAACUCAUGAUUGUUUGCAAUGCUCCUGUUAACCCUUUUGCUUGACGUCCAUUCCCGCUUCAUUUCUUUUCCAAGUUGCUGUCCAACCACUCCAACUCCCUUUUUCAUUGUCUUUAAGCGGUGAAUGGCUGAAAUGCCUCAGUGCCCUGUCUUUUCUGUCUGAUUUUCACAAAUCAAUCG